CAAAGCAAAGGGUUUAGUUUCUGUGUCGUCGAAAUCAAGGCCAGAGCUUUAAACGGAGAAAACAAGUUCAUCUUCUCUAUAAACAAAUCUCGCUGAUAAGGUUCGAACUCAUUAAGCAAAGAUGGGUUUAUGGACUUUGAUUCAAGGCAUGUUGUUAUUUGCAAACGGAUUGGCGAUUCUGAACGAGGAUCGGUUUCUUGCUCCUAGAGGUUGGACCAUGUUAGAAGUUCAAAGAGGGAAUAGAAGUACGAUGAAGGGGCAGCUUAUAGGACUUAUAUAUGCGUGCCAGUACUUCAGAAUUAUGCUCGUUUUCUUCAACUUCAUAACUAUUAUUCUCAAGCUCAUAUAUGGUUGAGGCCUGUGUUUAUCAUUGUAAAAUCUUUGCAGGGUCUGUGUUUUAGUCCCAAAUGAAAAUUCAGGAAGGGUUAUGAUCAGUGGGAUAACUUUGCAGUCUUGUAUCUUAUGGGUGUGGUUUGAUCCAUGGCUUUGUUGUUGUAAACUAGAUAUAGUUUCUGAAUUGAGUAUUAGUUUCAAGAGUUGUUUGUCUCUUA